AUGAUUGCAGCAGCAGAGGACCACGCCACUAAAUCUACGCCCAGGUCGGUUGCAGACUGGCUUGAGCUGGACAAGAAAUAUCGAAUUCAAGGCCGGUACGAUAUCUCACAAGUGCUGGUACGCGGCAAAGGCGUGCGGGUAUGGGACGCCGAUGGCAAGGCAUAUAUUGACUUUGAGUCGGGCCAGGUCUGCGCAUCGACCGGGCAUUGCCACCCUGCCUACACCAAAGCAAUCGUUGAGCAGGCAUCGACGCUUGUGCAAACAGGAUCAGGAUAUACCUCGCCGGCCCGCGUCUUACUGGCGCAAAAGCUGGCAGAGAUCAUGCCUGGCAGACUGAGCCGGUCAUAUUUCGCCUGCACAGGCUCCGAAGCUACCGAGGCGGCCUUGCGACUUGCCAAGAUCUAUACCGGUCGCACAGGCAUUGUGGCACUCGUACGGGGCUACCACGGCAUGACCCAUGCGAGCCUAUCGGUUACUGGCCUCGGAGGAAAGUUUAAAAGCGUUCCCGGCAGCGGCCUGCCCGAUAUCAUCUAUAUACCGACACCGGAUACAUACCGCAGUCCAUUUAAGGACGACCAUGACUGUAUGGCGAGCUUCCGUCAGGGCUUGGAGAUAAUUAACUGGACUUCGAAUGGGAGUCCAGCCGCAAUUAUUCUGGAAGUUGUAAUGAGCGUCGGUGGUAUGAUUAUACCAUCGAAGCAAUAUGUUCAAGCGGUGCGGAAGUGGUGCGACCAGACAGGAACACUGAUGAUUGUCGACGAGGCCCAGUCCGGAGUAGGCCGUACCGGGAAAUGGUUUGCCAUUGAGCACUUUGGUGUUGUUCCGGAUAUUAUUACUACGUCGAAGAGCCUAGGCGGAGGAGUGCCGCUCUCUGCGGUUACUACCACACCAGAGAUCGCUGAUCGAGUCGCCGAGAGAGGCUACCAUCAGUCGUCUUCCCAUACUGAUGACCCUUUCCUGGCGGCCGCUGCGCUGGCAAACAUCGAGAUUCUAGAACGAGACAGUCUCGUACAAAACGCAGACCACAUGGGCCGUUACUUGAAGGACAAAUUUGAGGAGCUCAAGGCACAACACGAUAUCAUCGGUGAUGUUCGUGGCCUUGGGAUGAUGAUUGGCGUGGAGAUUGUGGUUGACAAAGCUAGCAAAACCCCGUCGCCAGAGCAUGCGGCUGCAAUCAGUCAGCACUGCCGCGACCAUGGUCUCCUGCUUGGGCACCGGCGUACCGGGGCUGUGAGUGGCAACGUCAUACGAAUCCUGCCCCCUCUAGUUCUUGGCCGUUGCGAAGCCGACCAAUCGCUAUCAAUCUUCAGUGAUGCAUUGGUUCAUGCUCAGGCGACUGUGCAGCCGCGUAAACACAGCGGUACGGCUUGGAUGUGA